UAACGAGGGUCAGCGGUGUCAGCGGGUCUCGCAUUAGUUCCAUUUUCGCGGAACGUCGUUUUGACUGGAAAGGAAGUGACUGGAAAUUUUCAAUAUCUGUACUCUUCAAUAUGAGUUAUCCUCCAAAUUAUGGCGGUGGGAACACAAUUGGCUUUGAAGGAGUAACAAACAAUACUGGCUACCCACAAAAUGGACCUGGCUACCCAUCUGCAGCACCUAGCUAUGGACCUGGGUAUCCAGCCGGGCCUGGCUAUUCACCUGCUGGCUCAGCUCCAUAUCCACCUGGUGGAGCUCCUGGAAUCCCAGCACACCCAUAUGCUCCUCCCCCAGCAGCCAACCCAUAUGGACCCCCAGGACAAGGCAUGUCUCCUUACAGUGUCCCCCCAAGUGCACCAAACUUGAGUUUUCAGGGUGCUGCAUAUGCUGCAAGUGCUUUUAGGCAACCAGUUGCCCAGAAUUAUGGCCAACCAUUCCAACCACAACCUGGAUAUGCACCAAGGACGUAUGAUUAUCAAGCAAAUCAGCCACCACCACCUACUCAAAAUUAUCAACCAUCGCCAAUGCCUGGGCCUCAACACCAGCCCCCUGCUCCUCAACCAUCAUAUCCUCAAACUCAGUCCCCACAACGCCAGCUUCAGAGACAUGCAACUCUUCCUUCAAAGCUUAUGAGUUCCCAAGGGACAGUUGUUGAUCAUUCACCAUUUUACCCGCAACAAGAUGCAGAGGUGCUUCGGAAGGCAAUGAAAGGCUUUGGAUGUGAUCAAAAGGCAAUCAGUCAUGUUAUUUGUUCGCGAUCAAAUAAGCAGCGACAGCAGAUCCUUUUGGAAUACAAAACUGCACACGGACGGGACCUGAUAAAAGAUUUGAAAAGUGAAAUCAGUGGACACUUCCAAGAUGUAAUAUGUGGUUUAAUGAGGGCCCCUGCUGAAUAUGAUGCAGUUUGGCUCAGAAAAUCAAUGAAGGGACUGGGUACUGAUGAAGACACACUGAUAGAAAUACUUUGCACCCGUACUAACUCUGAACUCAGGCAGAUAAACGAUACAUACACAAAAAUGUUCAGUCGCAACCUUGAAAAAGACAUCCACUCGGAAACGUCGGGACAUUUUAGACGACUCUUAAUUGCGCAAGUCCAGGGUGGAAGAGAUGAAUCUCCCACUGUCGAUCAAAGGAAAGCACAACAAGAUGCACAAGAAUUGUAUAGAGCAGGCGAAGGAAGGCUUGGGACAGAUGAAUCAAGAUUUAAUGUCAUAUUAUCGUCAAGAAGUUUUCCGCAACUUCGUGCUACCUUUGAGGAAUAUAAGAAGAUAUGUAAAUACCCUAUCGAAGCUUCAAUAGAAAGAGAAAUGUCAGGUGACUUGAAGGAUGGAAUGCUCACAAUAGUGAAAUGUGUCAAGAAUACCCCAGCAUUCUUUGCGGAGAUGCUUUACAAAUCUAUGAAGGGCCUGGGUACUGAUGACGACAAACUAAUCCGAGUUUGCAUCUCAAGAUCGGAAGUUGAUAUGGUUCAGAUUAAACAGGAGUUUGCGAAUAUGUACGGGAAGACCCUUGGAAGAUUUAUAUCGGACGAUACCUCUGGUGAUUAUAAAAGAUCGCUAUUGGAAUUGGUCGGUGGCCUGAAAACUACCGAAAAAAUGGCAUAUCCUCCUCCAGGCGGCGGCUAUGGCUACCCUCCUGGUGGUGGAGGGUACCCUCCCUCAGAUCCUAUGUAUCCCCCAGGUGGAGGUGCAUACCCACCAGUUGGCGGAGCCUACCCUCCAGGAGGACCAGCAUAUCCCCCUACUGGAGGGGCAUACCCACCAGCUGGAGGUAUGCCUCCUGGUGCACCUAACUAUGGUGCCCCACCAGGAGCAGGUUAUCCUCAGCCUGGCUAUGGUGGACCACCUCCAGCAGGGUUCAACACAGGUCCCCCAAUGCCACAAAGCUCAGGCUAUGGUGGACCAGGAGGCUAUGCACCACCACCAGUAUCCCAGCCUCCUGUCUCACAACCCUAUGGUGCACCGCAACCAGCACAUCCAUACCAGCAACCUCCAGGACAACAAUAUGGUGGUCAGCCAGGGUAUCAACAACCUCCUGCACAAGGCUAUCAACAGCCUCCCACACAGGGGUAUCAACAGCCUCCUCCACAAGGGUAUCAACAGCCUCCUGCACCAGGGUAUCAACAGCCUCAAGCUCAACAGCCAAAAUCACAGGCCUAUCAGCCUCCUGCCCAGGGGUACCAGCAACCCCCAAGCAGACCUGCUGCCCAGCCAUCAACAACCAGCAGUGCUCCUCCAACAAGUCAGCUGGCAAGCAUGUCGCUGAAAAUGGCAUUCCAUGGAACUAUUGUUCCAAAGAGUCCAUUUGAUGCUGAAAAUGAUUGCGAAACACUCAGAAAGGCAAUGCGUGGCAUGGGUACUGAUGAAGCAAGCCUCAUCGAGAUUCUCGUAACAAGGUCAAAUGCCCAAAGAGUUGAGAUCAGAAAGAAGUACAAGACAAUGUUUGGCAAAGAUCUGAUGAACGAUCUGAAAUCUGAGCUCAGUGGCAAUCUAGAGGAAUGCCUAUUGGCAAUGAUGGAACCACAUAAGUUGUAUGACGCUAAAUGCCUACGAAGAGCCAUGAGGGGUGCUGGAACAGAUGAAGAAGCACUUAUUGAUAUUCUUUGUACAAGAUCCAACCAAGAAAUACAGGAUAUUAAACAAGAAUACAAAAAUUACUACCAGAGAGAUUUGGAAAAGGACUGUGUCAGUGAGACAAGUGGACAUUUUAAAAGGCUUCUUGUUUCAAUGUGCCAGGGCAAUCGCGAAGAGAAUGAAACUGUUAACAUUGAAAAGGCGAAAAAAGAAGCAAAUGACUUGUUCCAGGCCGGUGAGAAGAAGUGGGGAACCGAUGAGUCGCGUUUCAAUGUAGUGUUAGUCACAAGAAGCUAUCCGCAGCUAAGGGCUACUUUUGAUGAAUAUGUCAAGAUAUCACAACGGGACAUUAUCAACAGCAUUGAUAGGGAGAUGUCUGGGGACUUGAAAGCUGGGUUCAGGUGCAUAGUUCUCUGCGCUCGCAAUGCACCAGAGUAUUUUGCCGACCGACUAUGGAAAUCAAUGAAGGGUGCUGGUACAGAUGACAGCACAUUGAUCCGUGUUGUCGUUUCACGGUCUGAGGUUGAUCUUGUGGAAAUCAAGCAAGCAUUUUUGAACAAGUAUCACAAAACCCUUUACAAGAUGAUCGAAGGUGAUUGCAGUGGUGAUUAUAAGAAGCUUUUGCUGGCCAUUGUCAAAAUGAACUGAGGAUUUGCUACAACUUUCUAACAUUGUUUUGAACUGUAUACGUCAUACUAUGAGAUUUGAGCCGGGCAGUAGAACUGUCUAGAUAUCCAACAUAGAUCAUUUUCUGUUAAGUGAAAAGUCUUACAGAUCAACAAAAAGCUAUUCAAUUGAAAUCUGAAAAUUUGCACUUGAAAUUUUGCACUGGCAUAAUUGGAAACUGGUUAGAAAAUUGUAUUUCUUUUUAAUUCAUUUUUUGUUAGAAAUUCUCUUUCACAGUUGAAUUUUAUUGAGUUAAAUGGGAUAGUACUAAAUCAAA